AUGGCAGCUCCCAAGCCAUCCUUGAGCACUACCCAGAGACUCUUCCUUCUCCUUCUCCUCUGCUUCUCUCCGCCCCUCUUCCUCCUCUUCUCCGCCACCCUCGGACCCGCGCCGCCCCAGCACCGUCGCCCCCCAGAGUGGUUCGACGUCGUCUCGGCCCACUUCAAGGGCAGGCCCAUCAGAAUCGGCAUGGUCAACUUGGCCGCCGACGACGAAAGCGACGUAAACAGGGUCGCGGGCGAACUAGCCGAGCUGGUCCCCGUCCGGUUCGACCGGGUCUCAGACCGUGUCCGGUGGCCGGAUCUGUUCCCGGAGUGGAUCGACGAGGAGGGGAGGUGGAAACCAGCGUCUUGCCCCGACGUCCCGAUGCCCAGAGACUACGGCGAGCUGGACGUGGUGGUGGCGAGGAUCCCCUGCGGGGCGAGGGACGUGUUUAGGCUGCAGGUGAAUCUGGUGGUGGCGAAUCUAGCGGCCAGGAGCGGGCGGAGGAAAGGGGACGUGGAUCGGAGGGUGUACGCGGUGUUUGUGGGGCCGUGCGGGCCCAUGGUGGAGAUCUUCAGAUGCGAUGACGUGGUGAUGAAGAGGGAAGGGGAGGUGUGGGUGUAUAGGCCUGAUCUCAGGAGAUUGAAGCAGAAAGCGCUCAUGCCUGUUGGCUCUUGCCAACUUGCUCCUCCCUACACACAACCAGGAAAGGAGCUGUGGAGAGAGUAUAUUAUACCCAAAGAAGAGUAUAUUAUACCCAAAGAAGCCUACGCCACAAUCCUCCACUCCUCCCAAGCCUACACCUGCGGCGCCAUAGCUUUAGCCCAAACCCUCCUCCGCACCAACACCACCAGAGACCUCCUCCUCCUCGCCGACACCACCAUCUCCGCCUCCGCCCUCCAUGGCCUUGCCGCCGCCGGCUGGAAGAUCAAACCCAUCCAACGCAUCCGCAACCCACACGCACGACCAGGCGCCUACAACGAAUGGAACUACAGCAAGCUCCGGCUCUGGCAACUCACUGAGUACGACAAACUCAUCUUCAUCGACGCCGACCUCAUUGUCCUCAAGAACAUGGACUUCUUCUUCCUUUACCCGCAAAUGUCUGCCGCCGGCAAUAGCGAGUCCAUGUUCAACUCCGGCAUCAUGGUGGUGGAGCCGUCGCAGUGCAUGUUCGAAACCCUAAUGGAGAUGACCAAGACCCUGAGCUCAUACAACGGCGGCGACCAAGGGUUUCUGAACGAGGUGUUUACGUGGUGGCACCGGUGGCCGACGAAUGUGAACCAUCUGAAGAUGUUUAAGGGGAGAAAACGCAUUGAGAGAUCAAGGUUAAAGGACUUGUAUGCGAUUCACUACUUGGGGUUGAAGCCGUGGAUGUGCUAUAGGGACUAUGACUGCAACUGGGAUAGGUGGAAUCACAGGAUAUUUGCGGAUGACGGGGCUCACCGGCGGUGGUGGGAUGAGGUUUACGAGGGGAUGCCGAGAGAGUUGCAGGGGUAUUGCAAGCUGACAAAAGAUAUGGAGGCAAAGAUAAGGAAGUGGAGAGGGGUGGCAAGAAGGAGGAACUUUUCGGACAAGCAUUGGAAGAUGGAGGUGAAGGAUCCUAGGCAGUACACCUUUGGUUGAUGUCUGUGGUAUGGUGAAAAUUAGGGUUUUGAAUGAAGUUUGCUUUGUCUGUCACAAAUUAGAUAGGAAUUAAUGACUGUUAUAGAAUGUUACGCAACAACUCUAUUAAAUUGGUUGUCAUUGUUACUAGGGUAUACAGAAGUGAAAUUUGAAAAUGAAAAGGGUUUGGAAAUUUGUAAUGUUAAAUAUGUCAUUGUAUUCUUGAAAAAAUAAAAAGGCUAUAUCAUUCUAA